UUGACUGGAAACGGAAUUUGCAUCACUCACUUUCCUGGGCCUUCGAUCGAAAACCCAUUCCGACUCAACCCUCUACUCUUCUCCAAAAUCAAGCAAUCAAGCGAGAUGAAAUGGCGAAGAUUUGUAUUGUUCCCUAUUCUAGCAGUUUUGGUACUAAUGGAAAUGGUCUAUUAUGGUACGGUUUUCAUAUUUCUUGAUGAUUGGUUAGGGUUACAGAGCCCAACAGGUUGGAUAAACGCCGUGAUCUUCACUUUGUUGGCAUCGUUCACUCUUUUCUCGUUUUUCGUCUCCGUUCUCACUGAUCUUGGUGGUGUCCCAUCUGGGUAUUUCCUUGAUAUUGAGGAAAAUGAUGGCUCAGAUCAAGAAUCGAGAUACGUUGAAGCACUUAAAAAAAGAUGUGAGAAAUGUCCUGCAUACAAGCCUCCAAGAGCACACCAUUGUCGAGUUUGCAGAAGGUGUGUCUUAAAAAUGGUGGGUAUGAAAGAUUGA